GAAUGUAUUACGCUACAGGUGAUCUCAUAUAAUUUAUGUCUUUUUCAUCGGGUGCCAGCAUUUUAGAUUAUUCCAGUGAAUCUUUUCAUCCACAGUUAAAAAAAUGGCAUUAAACAUUUCAGAUAGUCAUGAUAUUGAAGACAUCAAAAUUGAAAAUAACAUUGUAAAUGGAGUUCAUUUGGAUUUAGUUGAGAAUCCUAACAUUGGUGAAUUAAUUAUUGAUAAUUUGAAUCGACACCUAGAUCAUAUUGCACAGAUUGAAGUAGAAACAGAUAAGGAAACUAGAUUUGCUGAUAUGAAAGAUAAAAGCUCGAGGUGUGGCUUAUGGAUGCAAAAUGAAAAGAUCGGCCUUGGAGAUAUUAUUAUAAUUUGUUCGCAUAACCAUUCAGAUGUUUAUGUACCAAUAUUCGCGGCAUUUUAUCUUGGAGCAAGUGUUAGUGGAUGGGACUACGAAAUAUCAUUAAAAUCUGCCCAACAUUUAAUCAAAUUUUUCAAACCGAAGCUGAUAUUUUCUUGCGAAUCGGCCGUUAACACUAUACUAGAGGCUGCAAAAUUAGAACAAAUUCAAACUACUAUAAUCGUAUUUGGCAAACAUUCCAACGUCCAGUCAUUAGACGAUAUACUCGAAAAUCAUGCAAUCGAAAAAGUUCAAUCUUUUCAGCCUCGUAAAGUCAAAGAUCCAAAUACAACUGCUAUAAUAGUAUUGACGUCUGGGAGUACGAGUGCUCCGAAAGGUGUCAUACAUUCAUACAAGAAUGUGUCGAUAUGUAUACAAACGUAUCUCGCUUAUCCUUUUAAGAAUGUAUGCUUAUGGUAUUCCACGGUUUACUGGGUUACUGGAAUGAUUUUAUUGCUUCAAACGUUUUUUGCCCUUGGAACGAGAAUCAUUCAUAAGAUCUGGAAUGUCGAUGAUUUCUGUAGAGUUAUUCAGAAAUAUAAAGUCCAGCGAAUAUUUGCUGCUCCAACUGUAUUCAACCACUUAUGUAAAUCAGACGCCCUGACAAAGUACAAUCUCGAGUCUUUGGAGUACGUCUGUAUCGGUGGUUCGAAAUUGAGUGCCGUAGUGAUGAAGGUCUUGAGAGAGAAAUUGCCAAAAGCUUCGAUAGUCCAAGUAUAUGGUUCAUCGGAAACAAAUCGUCUAAUAACAUCUCAAUCGAAAAAUAGCAAUAACCUCAAUACUGUUGGUUAUCCUGCACCGAAUACCCAAGUGAAAAUAGUGGAUGUAAAAACUAAGGAGACACUUGGAGCCAAUCAACCGGGUGAGAUUUGUGUGAAGCAAACAAAUCUGAUGCUGGGUUAUUUUAAUAACUUGGAACUAACGAAACAGGUUAUUGACGAACAAGGCUGGCUGCAUCUUGGUGAUGAAGGUUUCUACGACAACAAUGGAGAAAUCACUAUAAUUGGUAGAUACAAGGACAUGAUAAAGUGCCGUAAUUUUUGUAUUUCACCAACAGACUUGGAAGAUAUUUUACUGUCUCAUCCGGCAGUGGUGGAAGUUGCAGUGGUGCCUAUACCGCAUAGUAUUGACGUUGAACAGCCGAUUGCGUUCGUCAAAAGAAGGGCCAAGGUGAGCGAAGAGGAGCUCGUAAAUAUGACACUAGUUUUAGGAGAAAAUACGAAGCUAAGAGGAGGAGUUGAAUUCGUAGACGAAUUGCCGAAAUUACCGACGGGAAAAAUUGAUAAACAACAGUUGAAGAAAUUGGCUUUGACGAUAGCAGGCAAACGUUCUUCUUAGAAUGAUAUAUUUACUUUUACAUUAAUUUGUAAAAACAAAGAAAAAAUUAAAAUGAUUGGAAUAUAGUUAGAAUAAUCCAAAUCCUAGCCUUCCAUAAUAACUUGUUGAAGGCUAGGAUUUGGAUAUUAGAACUUUAAAAAAGAAUUAACUUAAUGAGCUUUCCGCUGUAACGUUACAAUAUUUUGUUAAGAUUAAUGAAUUUCAAAAUAUAAUCUUGCCUUUAAACAAUAAAACACGAACUCUGUAGCAUCGUCUAUAGAUAUCGUCUUGUAUGAUUUUAUCUUACAGAAAUCUAUUGUUAUAUAUUAAAUGAGGAAUGCAUAUUUUUUGGUAAAAUUAAUGAGAAAUUAAGAAAAAUCAAUUAUUCAAAUAAAAUUUUAUUUUAUUUAGUAUUAGCGAAUAAAAAUUGAAUGAUGUGAACGGCUUAAAAAAUUGGAAGGAUUAAUUGCAUAGCUACUUUUCAGUUCGGCUGGAUAAUUUUUAUUAAAUUUCAAAUUAUCAAUUUUAAUUCACAGAUAUUUCUUGCUGCUUAUAUCUCAUAAAUUGGCAAUUUCAACUCCGAAGGCAAAUAUUUUUCUAAUAAAAACCAACGCUUU